UGCUGCCUGUAAUAAUCCCCUUUUCAAACAAAAGGGAAAAACCCUAAAAUCCUCUUUUCAAACCUCUUCAAUGACGGAAUUUAGGAACGAUGAGGAAGAAGAAAUGGCAACGAAGCUUUCCAAACCUAAUCCCAAUAGCACUGUCUUAGGCAAGACGACGAAGAACGAUGAAAAUGACGACGAAGUUGUUAGCAAGAAGCAGAAGCUGCAAGAAAUUACUUCCGUGGAUGAGAAGCUUGACGAGGAAGAUGAUGAGGAAGAUGACGUGGAGUAUGAUCUGAAUGGAAAUGACGGUGAUGACAACGAAGAUGAAGAUGAUGAAGAUGAGGACUCAAAUGGUAAAGAGGUGGUCGAUCGUAAAGGAAAAGGUAAACUUAUUGAAGAAUCUGAAAGUUCAAGUGAUUCUGAUUCUGGUGGAGAUGCUGAAUAUGACAGCGAUGAUAGCGAUCUCUCUGAUGAUCCACUUGCAGAGGUCGAUUUGGACAACAUUCUUCCUUCAAGAACUCGCAGGAAUGUUCCACAGCGUGGUAUCCAAAUCGGUAACAAUGACAACAAGAGUGAUAAUCAUGAUGCAUAAUUUUUAAGUAAAGUAAGAAUUUAGUUCUAAACAAAAUGUAAUUUCCAUUAGGUGUUGCUUGCUGCUGCAAUUUCUUGAUCUCUAGUUUAUUAUCUAGCAAACACUGUAGUGGUUUCCUUUUUAUUACAAUGUUUGAAUCACUUCUGUUCA